ACGUACAUUUUGCGGCGUUGCUGGUACGCGGUGGGUUUUUAGCCAAAGUUAAAAGCAUUGUAAAAUGUCUUCUCAAGUCCAAUCUAUUCACACACCCUCGGUAGCGUUGAGUAAAUACCGUGACCAACAUUUUAAGGGUUCACGCCACGAGCAGGAAAAACUUCUGCGCGUUUCCUCCACCCUGUACGUGGGUAAUCUUUCGUUCUACACCACGGAAGAGCAGAUACACGAGCUAUUUUCUCGGUGCGGUGAUGUGCGGCGCAUCAUUAUGGGGUUGGACAAAUUCAAGAAAACACCAUGCGGAUUUUGCUUCGUGGAGUACUACUCACGGUUAGAUGCGGAAAGUGCGAUGCGAUACAUCAAUGGCACACGGUUGGACGAUCGGAUCGUGCGUGUCGAUUGGGAUGCCGGUUUCAUCGAGGGCCGACAGUACGGGCGGGGAAAAACGGGCGGCCAAGUGCGUGAUGAAUAUCGGCAGGAUCAUGAUUUGGGUCGUGGCGGGUACGGCAAGAUGGUACAGAUGGGUCAACUGGGCGCACCGUCAAUGCGUGAUUAGUCCCAACGGCAACGAAACAACCGAGACGCUAGCAUAACUGAACUACACUGUAAAUUCUUCUUAAGCGUAUAUUUAAGUGAACGAAAACAUUUUCUACAACCGGAA